AUGGCUGGGAAAGAACUGAAUCUUUCGAAUGAUACAAAGAAACAGGAACAAUUGUUCAUGAUGCUUCUUGUUUGCUUCCAGAUCGCCCUGCUGGCUCUGGCCGCCGUCUGCUCCACCGCCUCCGCCGGCGUCGCCGCCCCCCUGGCCUACGCCGCCGCCCCCGCCGCCUACGCCGCCUACGCCAAGGCAGUGCCCUACAACGUGCCGCCCUUCGCCGCCGCCGUGAACGUGCAGACGCGCGCCCUCGCCGCCCCCUUGGCCGCCUACGCCGCCGCCCCCGCCUUCGCCCACGCCGCCUACGCCGCCGCCCCCGCCUUCGCACCCGCCGCCUACGCUGCCGCCCCCGCCUUCGCGCCCGCCGCCUACGCUGCCGCCCCCGCCUUCGCGCCUGCCGCCUACGCCGCCGCCCCCGCAGCCUACGCAGCUCAUGCAGCCUACGCCGCCCCCGCCGCCUACGCAACUCACGCAGCCUACGCCGCCCCCGCCGCCUACGCCGCCGCCCCAGCUCUGGGACACGCCGCCUACGCUGCCGCCCCUUUGGGCUUCGCCAAGGCUCACUUGUAA